AUGCCAUCCACGAUUAUUCCCAAGGCUCUCUGGCUAAUCAAAUCAAUUGUCGCUCUCAUUCAGGCAGGUAUUGUUGGUAAAAUUGGCUUCAACUCGGCCGGUGUUGGAACAUGCCUCAAUGCGAUCCGAGCAAAGCCUAUGAUCAGCAGUAAGCUUCCUAUCCAUGUUGCAUUGCGACUGUGCCUUGAGAGCACCUCCGUCGACAGUGCUGUCAAAACUCUCGAGUCAUUAGGUGGGGUUGCCUCCGCCCAGCAUAUUUUGAUUUCAGAUAGCACCAAAUCUUUGGGUCUGGAGCUUUCGCCAGUAGGUAACAAGUAUCUGGCAGAGGAUACUUCGGGUCUUAUUGCGCAUAGCAACCAUUUUCUUGAAAACCAUUACGUUGAAGAACCGCCGUGGCUUCCAGGCUCGCCGAUUCGCCUUGACAGAAUUAAGUAUCUGGCACUUGAGCUUAUUGCAAAAGGUGUGAGUGGAGAUGCCAUCACGCCAGGUCUCUUGCGGGAAAGAAUCUUUUCCGAUACAUACAACGCCCCACAAGCAAUAUGUGGCAAGGAAGACGAAUCCCGUCACAUCUCCACACGGAGUAGCUCUUUAUUUAACAUUGUCAUGGAUUUAAACUCUGAAGCGCCGAGUGCAGAAGUGGUAUUUGGACGGGUAGGCUCUGGAGAGGAAGGGCCGGUUCUGAAAAUGCCUUGGGUAUAG